AUGAGUUCUAUUGACAUCACUGAACUCGCUGCCUUCAUGCAGCCGUGGUCUUGGAAGGGCCUCGCUGUUGCUGUCGGCAUCGUUCCGAUCCUGAGUGUCGCCUUGUGGUGGAUCGCCGUCUCCCUCACCUCUCCCCUCAGGAAGUUUCCUGGGCCAGCUCUAGCAGCCUGGACGAAUCUUUGGCGACUGCAAGUCGUAAGGGCCGGGAAUUAUCACGUGAAGAUCAAGGAGCUUCACGAGAAGUACGGGCCCGUCGUUCGCAUCGGCCCCAACACUCUGGACCUUGAUGUUCCCCAGCUCAUCAAGACCCUUUAUGGAACUGAUGGAAAAUGGAGAAAGACCGAGUUCUACCACAACAACAGUGCCAUUAUCGAUGGCAAGAUCACGUACCAUCUUUUCAGUACCACGGACCAGGCCGAACAUGCACGGAUGAAGCGACCCAUUGCCAAGUACUACUCCCAGAGCAGUGUCAGCGGUAUCGAGCCCCUUUUCGAUACCUUGAUUGGCGACUUCUGUGGUCACUUGGAGAAGAGAUUCAUGAGCGGCUCAGCGCCCAAAGAGUGUGAUCUCGGCGAGUGGAUUGGCUUUUACUCCUGGGACGCAAAUGGUGCUGCAUCAUUCAGUCAGCGAUUUGGCUACAUGGACGAAGGCUACGACUACGAUGGAACCAUUGGUAUUUCCGACAAAGCUCUUGACUACUUCGCCGCCGUUGGACAGAUGCCAUUCCUGGACUUCCUCCUCGACAAGAACCCCAUCAUGCGAAUCGGACCUCCCAACCUGGCCAACAUCACACGCAUCUCCCUCGAGCAUUUGAUCUCCCGCAUGCAAGGAAAGGACUCAAACUUCGACCCCAAGGUUCCGGAUUUCCUGCAACACUUCAUCGAAUCCAAAGAGAGCCACCCAGAGCUCGUGAACGACGGUAUCAUCAUGGGCUACCUGCUGGUCAACCUGCUGGCCGGCGCUGACACGACUGCCAUUACCGUUCGCGCGAUCUUUUGGUAUGCCCUCCACGACCUCAGGGUAUACCAGAAGCUGGAAGAAGAGGUUCUUGCGGCGGAUCUUUCCGCUGAUGUGUGCUCCUUCAGCUCAGCCCGCGCGCUCCCCUAUCUCGAAGCUGUUGUUCGCGAGGCUAUGCGCAUGCACCCUGGUGUUUGUAUGUUGCUGGAGCGCUACGUUCCCGAGGUUGGCUUGACUUUGCCGGAUGGAAGCUAUGUCCCAGCCAACACGUCUGUCGGAAUUAACCCUUAUGUCGCCGGCCGCAAUAAGAGCAUUUGGGGUGCUGACGCUGACACUUACCGUCCGGAGAGAUGGCUGCAAAACCCCGGGGAGACCGACAUUGCGUACAAGGAGCGGCUUCGUCUGUUCAACGCCUCGGACCUGACCUUUGGCGGCGGCUCGCGGGUUUGCAUUGGACGCAACCUUGCGCAUCUUGAAGUUUACAAGAUUGUUGCAACCUUGGUUCGCAGGUAUUCCAUUUCCCUCGUGGAUAUGAACCAACCGUGGGAGGUUACAGGAAGCUGGUUCCCAAGACAGAAGGGUCUGAAGUGCUACUUGAAGAAGCGAGAGCAGUAA